CAAAAAGAAGAAAACACGUUAAACUUGACGUGGACUAAAGUAGCUGGCCCACUUUACAAAAUAAUAAUGUAUUAGGAAUUAUAAAUAUUUAACCAUUUAAACUUAAGAAAUACGUAAGUUUCAGAAACUGAAUGUGAUUUUGUAAAAGAAAAUGGCUCUAGUUAUCAAGAUGUGUAGAAUAUUAUGUUUGGCGUUGUUACCAUUACUUAUGAGUCAGAAUGUGGAUGCAGCUGCAGUAAUAUCCAUCGAUUUCGGAUCGGAAUGGAUGAAAAUUGGUAUCGUGUCACCUGGAGUGCCGAUGGAGAUAGUUCUCAAUAAAGAGUCAAAGAGGAAAACACCAGCUGUGGUUGCAUUCCGAGAUGAUGUUAGAACAUUUGGAGAAGAUGCUGUGACAGUUGGCGUACGAUUUCCUAAAAAUUCUUACAAAUAUCUUUUGGACCUACUUGGAAAGCCAUAUGACCAUCCUUUGGUGCAAGCAUACAAAGAGAGAUUUCCUUAUUAUGAAAUAGCACCCACAGAUAGAGGAACCCCUGAAUUCAUUCACGAUGAUAACACUAAAUACACACCUGAAGAGCUUGUGGCUCAGCUUUUGGCUAAAGCCAAGGAUUUUGCUGAGAUUAGUCAUGGUCAAUCAAUAACUGAAUGUGUGAUCACAAUUCCUGGAUAUUUCAACCAAGUUGAAAGAAGGGCUAUGAAGGAAGCUGCAUCUCUCGCUGGAUUGAAUGUUUUACAACUGAUCAAUGAUUAUACAGCAAUUGCAAUCAACUAUGGUAUAUUUAGAAGAAAGGAGAUCAACGAAACAGCUUGGCAUGCACUAUUCUUUGAUAUGGGAGCUGCUUCCACCAAGGCUGCUCUUGUUGAAUACAGAACUGUCAAGAUUAAAGAGAGGGGCUAUGUUGAAACUGUGCCUCAAUUGCAGGUCAUCGGUGUGGGCUAUGAUAGGACUCUAGGAGGAUUGGAAAUGACAUUGCGAUUACGGGAGCACCUUAUCAAAGCCUGGGAAGCAAAUGGAGGCGGCGAUGUUAGGGCUUCACCUCGCUCUAUGGAGAAACUUAUGAGGGAGGCUGAGAGAGUGAAGAUUGUGCUCUCCGCUAACACGGAACAUUAUGCCCAGAUUGAGAGCUUGUUGGAUGAUAAAGACUUCAAACAUUUGGUGACACGCGCCGAUUUCGAAGCUCUUUGCUCGGACCUGUGGCCGCGCGUAUCUGGCGUUAUCCAGCGCGCGGUGGCGGCGGCGGCGGGCUCGGGCAGCGGCGCGCGACUCAUAGUAGCCGGAGGGGCCUCCCGCGUGCCCGCCGUGCAGGAAGUGCUAAGGACGGCCGUGGGAGUCGAACCUUCCCGCUCCAUCAACGCCGAUGAGGCGGCUACUCUUGGCGCUGUCUACAGGGCGGCAUCUCUUGCUACCGGGUAUAAAGUUGCGGCAUUGAACGUACGCGAUGCCGUGAUCCUUCCUAUUCAAGUUGUAUUUACCCGACACAUUGAUGGCAAUGAAAAACUGAUCAAGAGAACACUCUUUGGACCUAUGAAUCCCUACCCACAGAAAAAGGUUAUAACUUUCAACAAACACACGGAUGACUUUUCGUUCAAUGUGAACUAUGCAGAAUUGGAUCACAUUCCUUCUAAUGAACUUAAAAGCAUUGGCGCUCUAAAUUUGACUCAAGUCGUACUAACUGGCGUUCGUAACGCACUGGAGAAAAAUUCUGGCGAAAAUAUAGAACACAAAGGCAUUAAAGCACAUUUCAAUUUAGAUGAUUCUGGAAUUCUUAAUUUAGUUAAUGUAGAAUUUGUCGCUGAGAAAACUGUAACUGAGGAGGACGAAGACAAGGAUAGUACUUUGUCUAAAAUUGGCAGCACAAUCAGCAAGUUGUUUGGAACCGAUUCCGAAUUGCCUGAAAAAGCUGAAGAUAAAACCGAAGAGAAACCAGACGAACAACAACAUGAAGCCGAAAAGAAUGAGACUGCUAAAACAAAUGAAACAACAACAGACAAACAAAAUGCUACUGAAACUGAAAUUAAACCGAAACCUAAAAUUAUUGUCUUGAAAGAACCCAUCAAAACUGUGGAAGAAAUUUUAAAUUUGGAACCUCUAUCUCCCGAAGAUUUUAAGUUAUCAAAAGCAAAAAUAACACAGUUAAAUAAUAUUGAUAAAAAACGAGUCGAAAGAGAAACAGCUCUGAAUAACUUGGAAGCGUUCGUUGUUGACGCACAGAUGAAAAUUGAGACGGAGGAAUAUUCCGAAUGUGGCACACCUGAACAGAUCGAAGAAAUAAAGAAAAUAUGCACCGAAACGUCAGAAUGGCUUUACGAUGACGGGUAUGAGGCACCAACUGAAAUGUAUGAAGAGAAAUUCUCUUUGCUAAAAGAAAAGACUAAUCCUGUAUUCUACAAACAUUGGGAACACAGAGAAAGGCCAGAUGCUGUGGCCGCUAUUCAUAAUCUCCUAAAUAGCUCGAAGGAAUUCCUUAAAAUGUCCAAGAACUAUACAAAAGAAGCAAAUGCUGAAAGGGAUGUAUUUACUGAUGUAGAAAUUACUGUUCUUGAAAAGAAAAUCGAAGAAACCGAAUCAUGGCUCCAGAAAUCUAUCGAGGAACAAAAUGCAUUAAAGAAAAAUGAGGAUAUAAAAUUGACGGUUGACAGCAUUCGAGAAAAAAUAACCAAUUUGGAUAGAGAAGUUAAAUAUCUAUUAAACAAGAUGAAAAUAUGGAAGCCAAAAAAGCCGGCUAAGAAAGAGACGGAGAAUAAAACUGAGACAGUCAUUGAUCCAGAAGAGAAUGGCUCAAACGGUCAAGAAGAGAAAACUGUGGAACAAGAAGAGAAACCAGUGAUAGAACCAAAAGAAGAGGAAGACACCGGCGGCGAGGAGACAGAAAUACCGCAAAUAGGUGAAGAAAAUGUUGAACAUUCCGAGUUAUAAUAGUGUUGUGUGGAAUAAGUUAAUUUAUUUAGUCUAAUUUAUUUUUUACUUCAAAACUUAGGUGUGGUGUGUUCCCUUUUUGUACUGAAUUUAACUGAAGCACAACUUUUUAAUGUAAUUUGCUGACUUCACGUCAACCAUUUUUUGAAUUUAGAACAUAGCCAAUCAAAGUCCUAUUCCAAGAUGGAUUAAAAAAAGACAAAUAAACAUUACAUACAACUAAUGAUUUAUUGCAUGAUUAAUAUAUAUUUAUAAUACAACACUACAAUGAACUAAUUAUAUUUACCUACUUUACUUCCUAAGUGCCGAUACUAAUUUCGCCGAAAUUAAACAGCUAAUUUUAGGCAAAUCCACAAUAAAUACCAUAGGAUUGUUUAAUGUCAAAGUCGUUUAUCUGUCUUUAUUCCUCUUGUGGUUGGAAUAGGGUAGUUCCAUUACGAGGCUUAACCUCAUUAUAUAAUAAGUAUAAGUUUUUGUCCGUGUGUAUCUCUUAUGUACUAAGAAUUUCAGAUGCUCUCAAUUAAGUUUACUACUACUAUUAUACCUGGAUAUUUAUAUAAUGUGAUAAAUUAGUGCAAAAAGCGAACGUGUCAUUUAUUAUGAAACCUAAAAUCUCAAAAUGAAAUAACCAUGAAUGAUUUGCCUACUUGUAAAUUGACAAUUAGAAAAUAAAAAAAAAAUUACAUGCUAUAAAUUAAUUGUUUGCGUAUCUUUGCAAUAGUAAUGACAAAAAAAAAUCUUCUAGAACGAACUUUUUUAAAAACAUAAUCAAAUCACUAAAUCUGAAAGGAUUUUUAUACACUGUAAAGCUGCGGUCAGGCGUGUGUCGUCACGUGAAAAUUAUAACAAAUGUUGCACUUUGCUGUAGCUUGAUUUCGCAGCUGUGACCGCGACUCUAUAAUGUUGUGCGUCAAAGUCGCUUAUUUCUAUGUAAUGGCAACAGCUGGUCCAAAAAUUGUUGAUCGGUGCUAACUUGCAAAGAAUUAAAACAAACAAAUAAUUUUUAGUGUGUAAAGUAUUUUGAUGUUAUCACGUCUCGUUUUUGAUUCUUUAUAAUAAUGUUUUUAUGGUCUAAGUUUGUUAAUUGAAUUGUUGCAUCGGAUCUUAUUAAACAAUUUCAGCAUUGACCCCAGAAAAUGAACGCGAGAUUAUAAUAUAUUAUGAAUGUAAAAUUUGAUGUGAUAUGUAUAAAUAAAAAGCUCUUUGAAAGUGGAUCGUUCGGUUUUAUCUGAUACUGGCUUAUAUAAAUGAAUUUAAAUGAUUAGUACUGAAGUAAAUAUUCCUUAGGUAAACAAGAAAAAAAAGUAUACUACGUCAUUGGGUAUUGUUACUGGUAAGCAGUUAUCGGAAUCGGUAUUAAUAAUCUAUGUAAAGUUCUCGAAAAGCCAUACAUAGAGUUGUUACAAUAUCGGAGGAUAAUUUUAGUAUGACAUAUUGGUUGAUGGUAUAAAACCUUUUUUUAUAAAAUAAAGUUCAUUACCCCAGCUCAAUUUGAAAAUUUGCACGCGCCUCACCGCUCCUGUUUCGCUUGCACUUCACAAAAAACUAUCUUGAACAUUUGAUUAUAUCAAUAAACUUAAUUUUUUUCUCUAAUUCCGUAAUUUUUUUAUUGCGGUCAUCUUAUUUAUGCAACAGAAACCGCGUUAUUUGUUACACGUAGUACGUAUAGAGAUGCGUUUGCGCCCGAAGCCCGGAGUUCUUAAUGAAUUAUUGGUGCGGAGGUGCGAGUCAGGUAGUAGGAAGAAAUGAGUAGGUACACGUAUUUUUUUCAGUGUUAAAUUUUUAACAACAAAUUAAAAGCCCAUUUAAAUAAUAUAAAUUACAUUGGUCUUAACUAAUAUUCUAUUAAAUUUUGUGAAUAUGAAAUUUUUCAUUGCUUUAUGUCAAGUUUUCAUCGAAUAUAGGUAUUUUUUUUUAUUUCGAGGAAGUUUCUCCGUUUUCAAUCGAGAACUUUCACAACUAUUUAUAGUAGAUAUAUAAUUUGCACAUGAGUUUUCAUAUGCUUAAUUUCUGUUUAUAAUUCAUCUCGUGCUUUUCGGUGAAGGAAAACAUCGUGAGGAAACCUGCAUGUGUCUAAUUUCAUCGAAAUUCUGCCACAUACACAUUCCACCAACCCGCAUUGGAGCAGCGUGGUGGAAUAAGCUCCAAACCUCCCCAAAAAGGGAGAGGAGGCCUUAGUCCAGCAGUGGGACAUUAACAGGCUGUUACUGAAUUUGCAAAGUUGUUUUGAUUAAUUGAUUUGAGGUUAUAUAGACGCUUUAUAGCGGUUUGUAUUUCCUGAUUGUAUCCUUUAUUCGGUUAUGUAGUUCCUGAGAUUAGCGCGUUCAACCAUACAAACUUUGAUGUAUUUUAUAGUGAUAAUACCGUCCCUCGUGAAAUUAUGUUAUUGUAACAACUCUACGAUGUCAUCGCAAUCUUUAAGUAAACUGUCAUAACCGACGUAUUCCGAUUAUUGCUGAUGAUUGAGGGUAGUCUUGGAAUGUAUAUUUUGUCUUGUAAUAGUAUUAUCUAGGUACGUGACAUAUUAUUUUACGUGUCCCAGUGAAACGUUUGUAUUGGUAUUAUAUAAAAAUGUCAGAUUCAAAUACCCAGUCACAAAUAAAUUGAUAAAUGAACAA